AUGACCAUGACUGCCAACAAGAAUGCCAGUGUCAACAGCAGAGCUGGAGGGAGUAAAGUGCCUCAGGACACUCUGGAUAGGUGUCACUCAGUCUCUCCACCGCCUCUUUUGUCCCCGCGAAGAAGCCCAGCCUAUCCCCUCAGCGAUAGUGAGGACUCUUGCCGCUCCACUCGUCUCACCAAAGCCUCCAGCUCCAGACUGCGCCUCAAGGACUGGAGCAGCCGCACGUCUACGCUGCGAAGCACCUCCACGAGCCCAUCGGACACCGACUCCCCGAGCCACCCACUCAAAGCCGUCAGCGUGGGCACUUUGGAUAAAAGGCUGUCCGUGUUCAAGGCCGAGGACCAAAAGGAGAGUCAAAAGGAGGCUCAAGAUGGGGAAGCGAUAGGGAGCCACCUGCUCGCCCGGAGCACUCUGUCCUUGGGCACUGCCACCAACUUGCGGAAUCUUUCCCUCAGCCGAGCGAGCGUCCGCUCCCAGGCACUGGACAUCAGGCAGAAGAUCACAGAAUGGGAGUGCCGCCGGGAGCCGUCCCCCAGGAUGAGCGGGUGUGUGGACAAGAGGGAUGGUGGGGAGAGGUCGGGCAGUGAGAGCUGCCCCAGCGUGCUGACCUCUCCUUGCAGUGAGAAGACGUUCGAUUUCAAAGGGCUCAGAAGAAUGAGCAGAACAUUUUCUGAGUGCUCUUACCCUGAAACAGAGGAGGAGGAACUGCUGGACAGGGAUUCCUGCCAUCGGUUUGAAAAGAGAUCAGGCAGGAGUGAGCUUCCUUCUGCUGCUUUCCUGAAGGGCCCUGUAAGGAAAGAGUCCUCUGCAGUGCUUAACAGAAUACAGAAGAUCGAGCAGGCACUGAAAGAGCAGCCUGGCAGAGGCCUCCCCCAGUUACCAAGUAGCUGUUACAGUGUUGACAAAGGGAGGAAAAAGUCUGUGACUCUGAGUACUGUGGAGGGACUGAGUGAAACCCUAAGUGAUAGCAAAGGAGGGAGUGUUAUUUUGGGGAGUGAACCAGAAACACCUGCUGAGGCCGAGAAGAGCAGUAAGACAAAACAGGGGGUUACUGCAAACUCAGCUGGCUCUAAACUGCUCCUUGAAAGCCCAGCUAACACCGCGGUGAAUCCUGUCCCCAAGCCCAAACGCACCUUUGAAUAUGAAGCAGACAAAAACCACAAAAGCAAACCAAGCAAUGGCCUACCUCCAUCUCCAACACCUGCUGCUCCUCCUCCCCUCCCGUCCACCCCUGCACCCCCCGUGACCAGAAGGCAGAAGAAAGAGUCACGCUUUCACAGAAAAUCCCAGAAUAGAAAAUCCUUUGAGUUUGAGGAUGCGUCAAGUCUUCAAUCCCUGUACCCUCCUUCCCCAACUGAGAAUGGGACUGAGAGCCAGCAUAAAUUUGGAUCCAAGAGCACUUUAGAAGAAAAUGCCUAUGAAGACAUUGUAGGCGAGUCACCCAAGGAAAACCCGUAUGAGGAUGUGGAGCUGAAAGCCCGUCAUGCGGGCCGAAAAUCCCAUCAGCUCUCGGAGAAUUCCCUAGAUUCUUUGCACAGGAUGUGGACGCCGCAGGACAGGAAAUACACAUCACCUCCCCAGCUACCUUCGAAGCCCAGCAGCCAGUCUCUGCGCAUCGGGAACUGGUCAGAAAGGAAGAGCCACCGCUUGCCACGGCUGCCCAAGCGGCAUAGCCAUGAUGACAUGCUGCUGCUAGCUCAACUUGGCAUUCCCUCCUCCCCUUCCAGCCUCAAUGAGGACAGCCUGAGUACCACAAGUGAGCUGCUGUCUACACGGCGGGCCAGGAGGAUCCCAAAGCUUGUCCAAAGAAUCAAUUCCAUCUACAGUGCAAAAAGAGGAAAGAAACGAUUGAAGAAACUUUCUAUGUCCAAUAUUGAGACAGCGUCCCUACGAGAUGAGAACAGCGAGAGUGAGAGUGACUCAGAUGACAGGUUUAAAGCUCAUACUCAGCGUCUAGUACACAUCCAGUCAAUGCUGAAGAGGGCUCCAAGUUACCGAACCCUGGAACUGGAGCUGAUCGAAUGGCAGGAACGGGAGUUAUUUGAGUAUUUUGUGGUAGUGUCGCUGAAAAAGAAGCCCUCUAAAAACACUUACCUCCCAGAAGUGACAUAUCAGUUUCCCAAGCUAGAAAGACCAACCAAGCAAAUGCGUGAAGCAGAGGAGCGUCUCAAGGCUAUCCCUCAGUUCUGCUUUCCUGAUGCCAAGGACUGGCUCCCUGUCUCCGAAUACAACAGGUACGAGGCUCUGGCUGUGGAAGGCCACUCAAGCGAGGAUAUGGAUGACAGUCAAGUUACUCCAGAGGUAGCACCUAGGCCCAAAAAGCCCAUGCCUCGGGUCGUGACCACCCCAACAAAGAAAAAAAGGAGAGUUACAGUCGUAGGGGACUCCCUUCUGAAGGGUACAGAGGGCCCGAUAUGCAGGGCAGACCCUCCUCUCAGAGAAGUCUGCUGCCUCCCCGGGGCCCGUGUCAAGGACAUCGCUAGGAAACUCCCCAGCCUGGUACACCCCUCUGACUAUUACCCACUGCUGCUCCUCCAUGUGGGUGGGGAUGAAGCAGAGACACGUACCACGAAAGCGAUCAAAAGGGACUUCAGGGUCUUGGGACAGUCACUGAAGGAUUUGGGGGCGCAGGUAAUAUUCGCCUCCCUCCUUCCAGUUAAGGGCAGCAAUGGUGGGUGGAACAGACAGCCGCAGUCCAUAAAUGCAUGGCUCCAUGGCUGGUGUCGAUGCCACAACUUUGGGUUCUUUGACAAUGGAGCGGCCUACAUGGCACCGGGCCUGAUGAGCGCUGAUGGGAUUCAUCUCUCUCAAAGGGGGAAGAGGAUCUUUGUCCAGGAACUAGCGGGGCUCAUUGAUGGAGCUUUAAACUAG